CCCGGCGCCGACCUCUGCCCCGGGCGCAGCCUACCGAGGCGGAGCCCGACCUGCCGGCGCGGGAGGUGGGACGGACGGCGAGGCCCGGAGCCCCGCGCUGCGAGGGAAGCCAGCCUUAAUGUAAUAGAAACACCCUUGAACUUGGUGUCCCAAAGACAAAGGCUUGAGUUUCAGCUCUGUUCGUUUUCCAGUGACCUUGGGUAAGUUACCACCUACAGGAGUCUUGGCUUCCUGUUCAGUAAGAGCCGGAAUUCACAAUGACAACAGUAACAGUGACCACAGAGAUUCCCCCAAGUGGUAAAAUAAAAAAUAACUCUGCCCUGUAUGAGUCCACAUCAGCUCACGUUAUUGAAGAAACUGAAUAUGUGAAAAAGAUCCGAACUACUCUGGAAAAGAUCCGAAAUCAAAUUUUUAAAGAUGAAGUAGGACAUAACAGUACAAAUCACAAACUAGAAACAAAGCAUUGUCAAAACAUUCAGAGUGGCUUGGAUUUUGAAAUGGAUCCCUCUUGUCGCAGUUUGGAUCUGCUCAUGGAAAGGAUGAAAGGGAAAGAACAGCAGCUCUUAGAAAUGAACAAAGAAAAUGAAAUAUUGAAAAUCAAGCUGGAAGCCUCCAGAGAAGCAGGAGCAGCGGCUCUGAGAAACGUGGCCCAGAGAUUAUUUGAAGUCUACCAAACACAGUCUGAAGAAGUUAGGAAGCAGCAUGAGGAUGGUAAACGCUUAUUGGAGGUUAACAAACUUGAAAAAGAACAGCAAUUGAAACAACAUGCUGAAAAUCUGAAUCAAAUUGCUAAAAAGCUUGAAGAAAAACAUAAUCAAAUCACAGAGCUGGAGAACCUUGUGCAGAGGAUGGAAAAGGAAAAGAGAACACUGCUAGAGAAAAAAGUGUCUUUGGAAAACAAGCUGCUGCAACUCAAAGCCAAUGCUACGUGUGCUAAAAGUUGCCACAAUCUUCAGAUGGAGAUUUCCCUUCUCCAAGAGCAGAUCUCUCAUCUGCAGCUUGUGAUUCAUUCCCAACAUCAGAACCUGCGCAGUGUCAUCCAGGAGAUGGAAGGAUUAAAAAAUAAUUUAGAAGAGCAAGACAAAAGAAUUGAAAAUCUGAAAGAAAAAGUUAACAUCCUUGAAGCCCAGAAUAAAGAACUAAAAACCAAGGUGGCACUUUGGUCUGACACUCCUAGGACAACAGUAUCAAAGGCUGUCUCUACAAGCGAAUUGAAGACUGUCGGCACUACGCCCUAUUUGAUGUUGAUUAGGCUCCGGAAAUGAGCCGGCUGGCUGAAGAUCUGAAUGAGGAAGAUCACUAUAUAGGUCUUAUUUAUUCCUUGAAACACAGCCGAAACUUGCUUGUUAAAAUGGCUCAAUGCCAGUAUUCAGUGGAAUUUACUCUACAUCAAUAGUUUUGCAGAAAGAUGACAUUCCAGAAAAUCAGACGAAUAUAUAUUCAAGAGAAGGAACUCUUCCUUCAGAGCUUACUAAGUGAGUGAAGAGAUCAGGGGCUUUUGAUGGAAAAUGAAUUUUGCUUUAAACUUAAAAAAGAUCUGAUUUUUUUUUGCAGAUUUUUUGCUGAAGAGAGUGGCUUAAGGUUGUCAACUAUAACCUUUCGAUAGUGGUUUUAUGUAUAUAAAUGAAAGAGUGUAUGUGUGCAUGAGUCAAGGAUAUAUUUUAAAGUUAACUCUGGAUAAUAAAAAAUAUCUUAACGUGAACUUAUAAAUUCAUCUCCUGACCCAGUGUUAGUGGGAGAGUUAUUCUUUACUGCCUUAUGGGCAGGAGAAGGAGUAGGUUUUUUUAGCUAAUUCCCCAACCCACAUAACCCUCCAAAGCUGAGAAUCAUGGCACCUCACCACACUUUAGGAAGCCAUUGUUCUUCAGUUAGGAUUGCAAAUUGGUUGCUAGAGACAACCCACAAAUAAGCACAGAGAAAUGGAGUUUGUUACUCUGGCUUCGUGACUAAUUUUCUUUUCAAGAUUCAUUAUAUUAUCUAAGAAGAUAUUUGGAGGGAAGAAUAGAAACACAAUGCCGGCAGCUCAGAAACCUCCAUAAAAGUGUGUAUAUUUUGGGUUUAGAGGAACAGUGGCUGCUGUCUGCAGCCAGGAAGACCUGAAUUCAUGAAUUAGAAUUAGAUGUCCAGUGCUUUACUUACCUUUUGAUACAGGCAUUCAUCACAGGUGGAGUUUGUGAUUGCUGUGAAGAAAACCACACUCUAAUUCGUAGAAAUGCAAACAUGCUGACACACAGAAAACACUUGAACUGAAGGAAUAAUGGGCAGCCUUGGCCAUACUAAAGGGUGAAUUCCUUGUAAGCCUUUUGAUCCUCCUCUCUGCAGUAUGACUGUAAACGUUUUCUCAGGAAAGAUGCUUCAAGGCUUUCAAUGUGGAAUGUGAGCUAGCAGUAUUAUCUAUGAAAUAUUUAAAAAAUACAUGCAAAGGAGAUAAAGUAAUGUAUUUAUAAAUUCAUCAGAGUAUUCUAAUCUUUGAAAUGUCACAUAGUUCUAUGUGUGCAUUUCAUGCUUCAUGUUUUUAUUGCUUGCUAGUUUUUCAAAUGUAGUUAUCUAAUAAUAUUUAUGGCACAGUUCCUACACCAGGAACACUUCUAAGUACUUUACCUGAAUUAAUUACUUUAAUCUUCCCAACAGGCCUCUAAAGCAGGUCAUAUUAUUACCCCGUCUUACAGGGGCGGAUACUGUGAGGUCCAGUAAUUUCCCCUGCUGCCAGUGAUGGAGCAAGGAUUUGGACCUCUUGCUUGGCUAUCAGUAUUCUUUCUAUCUGUUCACUAGGUGGUCAAUUUCCACACUAUAGAAAUACCUCUCUUUUUGCUACUUUAACAAGCACAGCUUCCUUGUUGGCUAUGUGCAUUAUUCUGUGAAUGACGGUCAGAAACAACCCUUACUCAUAAAGUAAAUAUUUUGCUGCAAUUGAGUUGGUCUUUCACCUGUUGGACUACCCUCAUGAGCACUUGGUUCAAAAAAACUACGCUGCUAAAAAUCUUGAAAUUCUACAUUUAUUUUAUGACCUUAUGCCACAUGGAAGAUUCUUUUGGCAGUGUAUUUUCAGACACAUUUGUAGGGAGUUUGGGACCACAAGUUCUGUCAAGCAGUUGCAGUGUAGUAGGUGAAUUCACCUUUCACCUGGAGAUCACUUAGGUUCUGUUACACCCCAGUCACCUGGAUGGAUGGUAAUAAAUAUGAGAUUUUGAAACGGAUCCAUCUAACUGAGCUAACAACUAGAAUGAUUCCCGUUAGAACAAUGUGUUCUAAAGUCAAAAAUGGGAAGACGCUGUUGGAUUUAACUCUGCUCCUUUUUGAACAUGGAAGUACAGCUGGACAUGACACAGAUAGGACCUGCUCAUGUGCUCUCCACAUUCACCCUGUUAUGGUCUUUGGAUUUCCUGAGAACAAGAACAAGCAGUUUCAGAAGCUUAAAACAGUCUGGCCUCUUCGAAUACAAAAGUAAUUUUUAAGUAGCAUCAGCAAUAUCAUUUUUUUGUCAUAUAUAGAUUACUUCCUAUAUCUUUAUGGUUUCAGCUUUUACCAUUUGGAAUGUUUUUUUGAAUAAAUAUUUCUGAGCAAUAAAACAAAGGAUUACAAUGGAAAAUAAAAAAGCAUUAACCUAAAAGUAGUACCAAACAAGAAAUACAGGAAAAGAAACACAAGUUCAGUUGUAGUCUAAAUGGUUAUACUUAUAAUGAUGCUAAUCAAGAUAUUAAAUAAAGUCUGAGGUGGACCUUGAAUACAGGAAUGUAGCAAAUGAAAAGAAAGUUAGUUUCACUUUGAUUACAUAUUGUGACAAAUCAUUAAGAAAUGUUUAAACAACAACAAAAGAAAUGUUUAAACAAUUAGUAUAAUACAUGUAUCUUUUGAGUAAUUGCUUAUGGUAUGCCUUACAAUAAAGAAAUUGAUACCA